UUAUUUUUAUUUUCGAUAUCAAUCAACAGCUGCACCUUCCCCAAAGCAGAAAAUCAACAAGGAAAAUAGUUUUCUCCAGUUUUUAUUCGUGUUUUCGGUGUUUUAGUUUGCCAUUUCCCUAGAAAUUUACACUUUUUACAUUUCACGAUAAUCACUUGUGACCCAGCAGCAUAGGAGCAAAUCAAAUAAAAUGGAACAGGAACACAUUUUGGCCACAUUCAAAAUUCUAAUAAUAGGCGAAAGUGGAGUCGGGAAAUCUAGUUUGAUGCUACGAUUUACGGAGGAUGACUUCGAUAAGGAUCAGGCGCUAACCAUCGGAGUAGAUUUCAAGACCAAGAUUGUGGAGAUUGACAACGUUAAGGUGAAACUGGCCAUCUGGGACACGGCCGGACAGGAACGGUUUCGCACGUUGACCCCUAGCUAUUACAGAGACGCACAAGGCGCCAUCCUGGUGUACGACGUUACCAAAAAGGAAACAUUCCAGAAGCUGGAAUCCUGGCUCAACGAAUUGGAAAUCUACGGCACACGGAACAACAUGGCAAAGAUGAUCGUCGGCAACAAGAUAGACUCGACGGAUCGGGCAAUCAGUCGGGACGAUGGUUUCCGGUUUGCAAAGAAGCAUAGAACCAUGUUCAUCGAGACCUCGGCCAAGACCAACGAAGGGGUGAGGGAUGCUUUUGAGGAGGUCGUCAGGAAGAUAAUGGAAACGGAUGGCCUUUGGGAACGCAACGAAUACGGCGAUUCGUUAGACCUGAACAGUCGAGGAAACUCGGCAGGAUCCUGUUCGUGCUAGUAAUCGUCGUCUUUGAUCUUAUUGUGUUAAUAUUGUGUGACCAUAAGCCAUAACAGCGAUGCGAGUAGCUUGAUUCGUCGUCGUUAAUGCGAUCAUCGUUUAGUUCGACGUCGGUAUGUAUCAAACCAAAUGGAUACUGAUGGAUAUUGUUUUAUAUAAAAUCUGAAAAGCAUGAUACAAAAAAAUUCGCAUAAACCUAUUAGCAUUCUGUGAACUACUAAUUCGAAGGUGUAGCUAAGGAUUUAUUUAUUAAGCAUUAAUUUGUAAUGGGUUGCAUACACUAAUAUAUAUCAUGUAGAAUAUAAAUUUUAAAUGAUAAAUAAAAUAUACUCUGUAAAUGAAAA